AUGCCGCCGCACCAGCUGUCAUCCAGCGCUUUGCUGCCUGACACACCGGACGCGGAGCCUGGCCUGGGCGGGAUCGACAUCUCUUCCGACGUCGUCCGCGCCCGUCAGCCUCCGCCCUCCAUCUGGGACUGUCUCGUCUCCUGCCACAACCGCCUUGGACAACGCCUCGCCAGGAAGCGCGUGGAGCAGGGCGUGCGGCUGUACAACCAGCAGAAGCACGUGGCCGCCGUCAAGAAGUGGAAGCAGGCCCUCCGGCGCAUCAACAAAGACAACGAUCGCUUCAUCACGUUGGGCUACCUCAGUCAGGCGCACCUUGAUUGGGGCAGAUACAGAGAGAUGCUUGACUUCGGCUUCCAGCAGCUCGACAUCGCCAACGAGAUGGACUCGCCGAUGCUGCGCGCCGAGGCCUACCUGACGCUGGCCCGCGGCAACGAGCGCCUCGGCAACCUGGAGAAGGCGGUGUCGUACUGCCGCCACUCGCUCUACAACCAGUGCGACCAGUCCCGCACCACCGGCUACGUCCACCUCACCCUCGGCAACACCUACCUCGUCUACUCCAGCUUCAGCAAGGCCAUCGAACACUACGAGCUGGCCCUCAAGGUGUCCCGCAGCAUCCACGACACGGCGCUCGAGUUGCAGGUCUACUGCGGCCUCGGCCACACGUUCUGCCUCCUGCAGGACUUCGAGAAAUCGCUCUCCUUCAGCGCGAAAGCGUUUGAGCUCUCGAAAAGUUUUCAUAUCAGCGAUCUCAAUUCGAAAUUCCAGCGGCUCUCGCUCGUAACUCUGGCGACGCCCUUGCGCAAACUCGGCCGCCUCCACGAAGCCAAGGAGUGCUGUCAGGACGCGCUGAAGAUGGCGCUGACGGCCGGGGAUCGCCCCACUCACGCUCGCUGCCUCGGGAUCCUGGGCGACAUACAACGACAGUGCCUCGACGUGCAGAGGGCUUACAAGCGGUACGAGGCCAGCAUGCAGCUGAUGAUGAUGCUUGAGGACCGCCAUGGCCAGCUGAUCGCGCUGAACGGCAUGGCCAAGACGCUGGGCCUCAUGCGCCGCCAGUCCAAGAUCUGCGACUGCCGCCCUCUCGAGAUAAACAACAAGGUGAUCGAUCUCGCCUCUUCCCUCGGCUGUAAGCUGAUCAUGAGGUCCGCCCACUUGCGUCUGAUGGAGUUGUAUCGAGUCCUGAGCGACGAUGAAAACAGCGGCCUGCAGGAGCGGCUGGCCAACUGCCUGACGGAGGAAAUGGAGCUCGUGUGCGGCGUGUGCCAUGAGCGGUAUGGCGACCAGGGCGGCAACUCCCUGGAUGCGUUGCCGUGCUCCCACAUUUUCCACGCCAAGUAUGUAUUUCUUCACUGCCUAAGGGAUACCGAGUCAGAUGGUACAAUCUUUUUUUUCUCAGUGUAGUUUUUAUCAUUUAGGAUUUUCGUUCGCCUUAUGAAGCGAAAAAAAUAUCAAUAAACACUUAAAUCUGCCACU